CUCUGCAAUUCAGGAACAUUAAGCUGUUGGACAUUGAGGAAGGUUAUCUGAUUGCAGGAGACAAAUUGACCAAAGGACUGAAAAAUUUUGAGCUAGAUUUUUUGGCAAACAAGGUUGUUGUAUUUAGACAUUGCGGGACUGACGUCAUUUCCACAGGUUCAGGUUGUGUCGCUGGUGAGCGCAACAAGGUUAACAACAGUUGAGAGGCUCAUCUUUAUCUGUGAUCUUGUCAAGUGUAAGUCUUCGAAGAAAGAAGCGAGGGGCACUGCAGCGUUCAUUUUGUGAAGGGUCCUGCAGAUGAAAAUAAAAUUGCCAUGCUGUGAAACUUGGACACGGUAUCUGUGAAGAAAUUUUAACGAGCAUCUCUUCAUUCAUUACCAGAUACCUCAUUUUGGAAGCAGGAAAACCUUUGUGAUGAGUCUGAGAUAUUUAAAUUCAGAAAUAACUAUGGAGGACAGCAGCAGCCACAACGGCGGCAGAGAAAGACUGGGACUGAGCUUCACUAUUGACUACCUUCUGUUCAAUAAAGGAGUCAAAGGUUCUAAAGAAGAACCGUCAGGAAGUCGCCCGACAGAGGAGACAGCGAACAACAUGCUAAAUCAUCAGAAACCUAAACCCAAAGAGGUGGGGAUUCACUCUAACUUACGGGAUGGGAAGAUUCAGACCUCAGAGACGUCUGAAGAAAGGGAAGUCAAUGAAGAGGAGGGGGAUGAAGAACAAGAGGAGGGGGAAGAGGAGGUGACCACCACCACAUCUACUAGUGGCGCUCCUGAGAAAUCCCCUGACAAACCCAACCAGUCCUACAUCGCACUCAUUUCCAAGGCGAUCCUGGCGUCAGAGCAGAAGAAACUGUUGCUAUGUGACAUCUACCAGUGGAUCAUGGACCAUUACCCUUACUUUAGGAGUAAGGAUAAAAACUGGCGGAACAGUGUGCGUCACAACUUGUCCCUUAAUGACUGUUUCAUCAAAGCUGGACGCAGCGACAACGGCAAGGGUCACUUCUGGGCGAUCCACCCGUCAAACUACCAGGACUUUUCUAACGGUGACUACCACUGCCGGAGGGCACGGCGGAGGGUGCGCAGAGAGGCACGGCAGGUCCCGUUUGCCUCCCUGAGCUCCCCUUACCACCCCGCCAUCAUCCACCCACAUAGAACAGCCUGUUGGUGCUGUCCACAAGCUCCGACACACCCUCUAUCCUGCUUGGCACCCAGACUCUACUGGCCUUGGUCCACCAUACAUCCACAAGUGGGACUCUACCCUGGCAUGCAUGGCUCUGUACCAAAAGAUUUAACUUUUUAACAUCUACUCUUUUCAUGGACACACAACUUUAUACUAGGGUUAAAGUUAGGGUUAUAUCAGAAGUGUAAGGGCAAUAGGCAUGCAUUUGGCUUCAUUUGAAAGGGAACAUCUCGGAGUUUCUGUGUUUAGUGGUUCAAGCACAACUGAACUACAUCAGAUUAAGCAAGGCUCAAAUUUAAACAUAUUCCUCCAACCCCAAAUUAUAACCUUAAUCUAGGUCACUGGUGACCUGGUGGAUGUUAACCCUUUAUCAGGCAAGUGACUAUUUUUGUAAUUUCUGAAUACAUUACAAGAUAGUGUAACCAACUGUUACA